UUUGUUUCUAUUUAGUAAAUAGUUUAAACGAUCAAUUAAACUGAUCGACUUUCUAACUUUUCUUGAAGAUUAAUUUUCUUUUUCUUUUUCUUCUGAGGGUCAAUUCGAUUGACCCUUAGGUUAUUAUUAUUGUCCAUUUGAACUUUUUCUUUCUUUCUAUUGGCCUUAGCGAAUUAAGUUCAAUUUGGGAGUGUAAAAAGUUUAUCCUUUUCGUAUAAAAGUCUAGGUAUUUUCCUCGAAGAUGUUCAUUAGUAUCUAAAGUUUUCUUCGAACAACUUUGAAUUCAAGUUCUUUUUUUGUUCUGUUCUAUUCUUCGAAUUUUCCUCAGCUCAAUAUGAAUUUCCAAUCGGUUCUAUUUACUCUCUUUCUUCUAGUUAAUGUCAUCUCAGCGAAUGUUUUGAAAAGUUGGUAUUCGUCUUUAGGAAGUAGUUAUACUAAAUCGAAAGAGACGGCAGUUGAUAAACAUGAAGAGAAAAAAGGUCGUUUAGUCUUGGAAACUGGACUCGAAGUGUCAACAAUUCCACCGGUACCUGAAUACAAACCAAAACCCGAGAAAAUAAUGAAAAAAGAAAAGGAUGAAACCUGUGAACUUCAAUUCGACGAACAUGAUAUUCUCAUGUUAACAUUGAUCCAAAGAAAUUCCAACUAUUCAACUAAACCAGUUAAACCAAUCAUAAUGAACCCAAAGUCAAUUCAGUUACAAUUAAAAUCAGAACCUGAAGUUGAUCUGAAAAGUUCAUUAGCAAAGUUUCUCAAACUAUCGAAACUCACCGAUGAAGAUAUUCCAAUUCGACUUCAUAUGAAAUCGGAAGUUAUCAAAGAACUACCAAAGCUGAAUGCUGAUGAUAUUUUCGUUCUGACCAUAAUCACUAGCGAAGAUGAUGGAUCUCUCCAAAUUAAAUCUCAUUUUGUCGAAUCAAUUUCCACUGAUAAAUGAUAAUAACAAUAAAGUUCUCCUUUGCAAUUUA